UCCACCCACCUACAUAUUACUUACUCCUCCUUGCAUUUUCUCCAUCAGUACCUCAACUUUCCAUAAUCGCCGUUUCACCCAAAUCUCUCCUUCAAAUCGUUUUCAUUUUCGUCCGUCUGAGCACUAUAAUCACCAGCUGCAGCUACAACCACCAUGUGUGGCGGUGCUAUCAUCUCUGACUUCAUCCCUCCCACCGUCGCUGGGCGAUCUUCGCGCCAGUUGACGGCGGACUUUCUCUGGCCUGAUCUAAAGAAAGCCAUUGGGAAGCAGUACUCGAAGCCGGUCGCUGUUGAUCUUGACGAUGAUUUCGAGGCUGAUUUUCAGGAGUUUAAGGAUGAGUCUGAUGUCGAUGAGGAAGAUGAUGUCUUGCUUGAUGUCAAGCCUUUUGCUUUCUUUGCUACUGCCUCUCCUCCUGCUCGCAAUAGCAGUCUAUCCCGCGGCUCUACAGCUGUAAAAUCUGUGGAAUUCAAUGGGCAAGCUGAAAAAUCUGCUAAGAGAAAGAGAAAGAACCAGUAUAGAGGAAUCCGGCAGCGUCCAUGGGGAAAAUGGGCUGCUGAGAUUCGUGAUCCCAGGAAGGGGGUGCGUGUCUGGCUAGGAACAUUCAAUACUGCAGAAGAAGCUGCAAGAGCAUAUGACGCUGAGGCACGUAGAAUUCGGGGCAAGAAAGCUAAAGUGAACUUUCCUGAUGAAGCUCCACGUGCUUCCCCAAAGCGUACAGUUAAGGCAAACCCUCAGAAACCGCUUUCCAAGGAAAACUUGUCUCAGAGUUCGAGUUACUUGAACAGCACAGAACCAGACUACUUCAAUACUUUGGGUUUUGUUGAUGAGAAACCACCUGUGAACCAAUUUGGCUUAAUGGACUCUUUUCCUGCCAAUGGAGAUGGUGCAAACAAAUUCAUUCCUACACGUGAUAAUGUCCCCAUGUAUUUCAAUUCUGAUCAGGGGAGUAACUCAUUUGAAUGUUCUGACUUAGGAUGGGGAGAACAGGCCUCGAAGACUCAUGAAAUCUCAUCAGUUCUUUCAGCUACUCCAGAAAUUGAUGAAUCUUUGUUUGUGGAGGAUGCUAACCCUUUAAAGAAGAUGAAGCCUGACUCUGGAAAUGUAGUGCCGGUAGAAGAAAACAAUGGAAAAUCUCUAUCUGAAGAGCUGUUGGCUUUUGACAACCAGGUCAACUUUCAGAUGCCAUAUCUUGAGGGAAGUUGGGAGGCCUCGCUGGAUAACUUCCUUAAUGGAGACUCGACUCAGGAUGGUGGAAAUCCAAUGGACCUGUGGAGCUUUGAUGACCUGCCUAAUCUGGUUUAUUGAAAAAACCCGUAAUUGCCUGUAAGCUUCUGUAAAUAAGGGAUGGUUGUGUCUGAUAUGUAGUAUCAAGAACAUCUGAACAUUCUUAAAUGUUAAAUCCUUUGUGGAAAGUGUUCUAAGGAGCUUUUGGUACAAGAGUAGUACAUGGGUAUUUUAGGUUCCCUUUUACAUUUUGAGACAUUGUUGUUGAAUUUAAUGACUAUAAUUGACAGUGGUAUGUGUGAUUUGUGUUAAAAAUAUAAAAUUUUAACUCUGCUGUUUUAUUUC